UUCACUUUGCAGUUUGGGCUGCUGGCUGCUGACAACAAAAUAAUUGUUAGCUUACGAUCAGCGAGGUAAAGCCCGUGACGGGAGUGAUUGCGACGAUUUUCGUGCAUUUGUUGCCCCUCGGACAUCGUCUCUAUCUAGAUCUAGUCCGCGCUGCAACGCUGUUCAUUUGCUCUUUGAGGAGCCAGCGAAAAAAAUAAUGAGUAUACGUGUGUAAUUGAUUCUGAAACAGCAAAUUUGGACAAUGGACACUGUUGGCGAAGGGACCUCGGAGGUGGACGUGCGUGAAGAUUUAUCCUGCGGAACAGUAUCAAGCAGCAAUGGAACGGUCACGGAGCCAGAUCGAGAUGCGGCCGAGGUGAACCAAGGCAGCGCGACCGGAUUGUCGGCCAGAGAUUUGUCGGCGCUGGACAAAAGCGCACAGGCACGCCACAUCAGAGAAAUUGGCAUCUUUUCGGCUCAGCGUAACUUCCAGGAGCUGUUCAACUGCCUAGAUCAGAACUACCGUGGUGAGUUUCUACGCUGGAUAAGCGAGGAGUACGACGCAAGGCGACGGACUUCAUUUCUCUCCUACACCUUAGGUAUGGGCACGCCCGGGCAGAAAGUAUCGGUCGAGUCAAUAUCCGGUCUUGAAGGUUUGUCCGCCGAUCACAAGCUGCAGGCCAUAGCUGUGGAACUUCGAGAACAGCUACCUGCCGAGGCUAUGGCACCACAAGAGAGAGUCGUCUUUCCUACGCAUGGUGCUAAUGCCGACUGCGCGGUGGAGUCAACCAUGCAUGUCGACUCGUUCCUUUACACGGACGACGAGGUCGACUUUUUGACGGAAACGGGCAAGCUGCCUCGCCACUACUGCGCCGACUGUAAAUCUCGUAAUAUCAAAUCUCUCGUUUAUGUGUCACACUCUGCAUCAGUUUGUCAACUUCGGCAUGUGUACACAAGUCUUCUUCCGUCAUUAGAAGGCAAGAAAGUAGUGGACGUUGGCUCCCGGCUUGGCAACUGUCUAUAUGGGGGCUAUUUUUACUCAGAGGCUAGUCAACUAAUCGGUGUGGAGAUCGAUAAGUUCUUCUGCGACCUGAGCCAGUCCACCUUGGAGAAGCAUGGCAUGACAGAUCGUUGCCAGGUGAUCAAUUCGGACAUCCGACAACAGGCUGACCUGCUCAAAAGCGCUGACGUUGUCAUUCUCAACAACGUCUUUGAGUUCUUUCUCACGGACGAGGAGCAAAGAAGCAUUUGGCUCUUCCUGUACGAGUCUAUUCGUCGCAAUGGCUGCUACCUGGUCACCGUCCCUAGCCUGAGCAAGACAUUCUCUACACUUGGGAUCAGCGACAUAAACCUGUCCCAGUGGGUUAGCCAUGCCGAUCCUCUUGGCAUCGGUAGCAUUCGACCCGACCGGCCUCAAGACGUCAACGGCACUUUCAGCGAGGACGAGCAGGAUGACGAUGAAGACUCAGAACUGGCCGUCUUUCACGUCUACACAACGCUAUGAUGAAAGCUGUGAGCGGCAACUCUAGCUGUUUCUUCAACUGCUGCUGCUGCGGGAUGAUGCGUUGCUGGAAAUCUGUGGCGGCAGCAAUCCCGUACUGUUGCAGUCAAUACAGCCAGGCUGCCACACUGAUCUGCCGGGUUUCUUCUCCGUGAUUGGCAUUGAGGCGACGACGUUUUGCCUGGCGUUGUUAUGCUGCUCUCUCCUCACCGCAUGUACAUAGCUGCUGUGUCCCUGAUGCACACCGCGUGUACAUAGCUGCUGUGUUCCUGAUGCACACUGCAUGUACAUAGCUGUAUUGUUCCUGAAAACUUACACACUGACUGGCAACGCCAGGUGUUCUUGAUCUUUUCUCGUGUAUUUUCAGAGUUUCGCUUUCCUUUUUUCUUUCUUUUGCGAGUAGGGUGAUGGGCUUGAGUUAGUCCUGCGAUAUGCACACCAGCAGACAUGCAUGUACACCAAAGGACCCCCCCCCCCCUCUCUCUAUAUAUGCUACACUUGACAGCGCAGAGCGUGAGCUGCCUACCGCACGCCGCGUGGCUCUCGGUUUGGUCCGAUACGGAGUAUACAUGUAGCUGUACUACUCUGAUACAGAGUUUACAUAUAGCUGUACUGCUCCGAUGUGUUUCGUUUUGCGUGUCUGUUGUACUCUUCUUUUGGCCGUGGAUCUGCUGUUGGAUAUACUCUGCACAUACCCGGCUCUCUCUCUCUCUCUCUGUUCUCGUUUUGUUUUUUGGAUGUACGUUUGACAACAACAGCGUAAUUACACAUUCACUGCUGGCCAGUGCUUAAGCUGUGCUCAUUCAUGUCAUGUACUCGCCAUGUGCUUCUUUAUUUCUCUUCGACGUGGAGAUAAUAACCGUAAAUAGCUACGAACGAAAUUAUCUCUUUUCUGCCCGUCACGAGAUUCCAUUGAAAAAUUAAUGUGACAAGAAAACGUUCCGGAACUACUAAACCGUUGCUAUUGUUUGACAUGAGCGCCAGUUUAAGUUUGUUAAUAGCUAUUAUUUUUAUUUCUUUUCCUUUGUCAUAAUCCCCCGCUGCUUGGCGACUGCCUAUCCAGUCUGCCAUGCCAGCAUUAACAGCUGAGUAGUUUAACACCCUGUGCAUGACCAGCCAACCACUCGUGCACACCGUCGGCAUUCGUAUAUAGCCCCGUGCACCGUAGAUCUCGCGUCCGCACAUCCCCCGUUCACCAUAGAUCUCGCUGGUAUCUUCUGCGCGUCUUGUUUCUUUGCCUAUUGUCACUCAUCUAAAGCAACUGCACAUCCACCGCAUGCGCUCUAUAAGCUGCUGCUUACCUCUUUCAUCUGUUGUCAGUAUACUGACUAUAGAACCGUAAAUGAAGUUGAAGACACCACCGCAGCUGUA